AUGGAUGUCAUGGGGCUGCAUUGUGAGUUUGUGCUCUGCUUCCUGCUCUGGGUGGGCCCGGUGCUGGCCUCCCCCCUUCCACCAGUGGUGGUGGUGGAAUGCCUGGAGGCCCGCCUGGUGGUGACGGUCAGCAGGGACCUCUUUGGCACUGGGAAGCUCAUCAGGCCGGAGGACCUCACCCUGGGCCCCGAGAAGUGCAAGCCGCUGGUUGCUCUGGACUCGGAGGUCAAGUUUGAAGUCGGGCUGCAUGAGUGUGGUAAUCGUGUACAGGUGACCCAGGACACGCUGGUGUACAGCACCUUCCUGCUCCACGAGCCUCGCCCUGCGCGCAAUCUGUCUGUUCUCAGGACCAGCCCUGUGCAGGUGGCCAUAGAGUGCUGCUACCCCAGGCAGGGCAACGUGAGCAGCCGGCCCAUCCUGCCCACCUGGCUGCCCUUCCACACCACCAUCUUGGCGGAGGAGCACCUCGCCUUCUCCCUGAAGCUCAUGGAGGAGGACUGGAGCACCGAGAAGUCCCCCCCCACCUUCCGGCUGGGGGACACAGCCCACCUGCAGGCCCAGGUCCACACUGGCAGCCACGUGCCCCUGAGGCUGUUUGUGGACCGCUGCGUGGCCACUCCCACCCGGGACCAGACUGGCCUCCCGCACCACACCAUCGUGGACUUCCAUGGCUGCUUGGUGGACGGACUCUCCGAGCAUGCUGACUCUGCCUUCCAGGCCCCCAGGCCCCGGCCAGGGACACUGCGCUUCACGCUGGAUGUGUUCCACUUUGCCAAUGAUUCCAGAAACACGGUCUAUGUCACCUGCCACCUGAAGGUCACACCUGCUGACAGGGCCCCAGACCAGAGGAACAAAGCGUGCUCUUUCAGCAAGUCCUCCAGCAGCUGGUCGCCGGUGGAAGGCCACACUGAUAUCUGCCGCUGCUGUGACACUGGAGACUGUGGCUUAUUACAGCGAUUCAGGCGGCUCUCGCAGCCUGGGGCACGGAAACACCCUUCCCACAUGAUGGAAGAAGCGGAUGUCACCGUGGGCCCUCUGAUCUUCCUGCGAGAGGCUAGUGACCGAGGCCAGCAGGAGGCAGCCGGCCCCUCGCCCCUGGCUCUGGGCCUAGGCCUGGUGGUUCUGGCCACCCUGGGCAUGGCUGCCCUGGGCCUCAGCCUGGCCGGGAGCUGUCGCCACAUUGUUCCUCCUGUACCUUCCCCCGAGUCUGAUUCCCAAUAAAAGACGAAAA